AUGGAGGUCAACUCUGCUACAGCAGUGUGUUUCCUUUGUAGGGAACCCAUUUCUGCGGAUGCUGUCACCGUAACUGGGGGCUUAGAAAAUUUGAUUGAUGUGAGCAAGGAAAGGAAGGAUAAACAUCAUAUUUUUUCAGAAAAACAAACGUCUGUGCAGAUGCACAAACAGUGCAGGAGACGCUUCAUUCUCAAAUGUAGAAAUGGUGGCUUCCAGUGCAACAAUUUUGACUCUGCUAGUGCGAGGAGAGUGUGGAAAGACUACUUCCCGGCGGUGGACGCCAUCGUGUUCUUGGUCGACGCCAACGACAGAUCUCGGAUGGUGGAGAGCAAACAGGAGCUGGACUCGCUGCUCACCGACGAGACGUUGUCCAACUGUCCGGUGUUAAUCUUGGGCAACAAGAUCGACUUGCCGGGCGCCGCAUCCGAGGACGAACUCAGGAACUUCUAUGCUCUGUACGGACAGACAACCGGAAAGGGUAAGGUGUCCCGAUCAGAUUUGCCUGGGCGACCGCUAGAACUCUUCAUGUGUUCUAUCCUGAAAAGACAAGGUUAUGGAGAAGGAUUCCGUUGGUUGGCGCAGUACAUCGAUUGAAGAUAUUUCGUUUGAUUGAAAUUUCGCGGUUUGUGCACAGGACUGUUUCAUAAAGUUUUCAGAAACUUCGGGUUCUGUUCCAUUUGAUUUGUCAAUAUUGUGUUUUCGGUCAUCAGUUGAUCGGUUAUUUACAUGUAUAGGUUUGUUUGUCAUUUUAUUCUGAUUAUAUUUCAUUCUGGAUGUAUGAUAUAGCGAGAAUUGUGGGCCCGCCUGACUGCUUGUUGAUGUUUCGAUAUUAUACCAAAUUUAUACUGUGCAUA